UAUCUCAAUACGACACGCACCAAAUGCGAUUGCGUCAAAGGUUUGGUUACCAAGAACAAGGUUGGUCCCACUCCACAGAAACAUAAAAUUCUGAAACAAACCGAUUCACAAGUCACUCACUUUGCAUCUUCAUCCACAGUCCACUAGUACCAACUAACCGUGGAAGCAAAGCCAUUAAAACCCAAAAUUUAUCCAUCUACCCACAAUCGAUUGCUACCCUUUUGUUCAGUCUAUAAAUAGAAUCCACAGAACCAGAGAACUGAUUCAUCCACACUCAUACAACCCUGUAUCUCUCUGUUUUUCAUAUAUUCAUACCUGAUCAAGCGGUGGUGGUGACUGCAUUGGAUGCUUAACUUGUUUAUUACACAUACUAAAGAUAGAUUGAAUGUUGUGAGCAAUGGGUUUAUACAAGGCCUCGUUCAUUGUUGCUGCGCUCCAAUUGUGCAUAGCGGUUAGCCUUUGCGCUAUCAAAGUAAAUGCUGACCUGAACGCAACUCUAACUGUAGAUGCUCACGAGACAUCUGGAAAGCCUAUAUCUGAGACUCUUUUUGGAUUAUUCUUUGAGGAGAUCAAUCAUGCUGGUGCUGGGGGAUUGUGGGCUGAGCUUGUGAGCAACCGAGGGUUUGAAGCUGGAGGCCCUAACAUUCCUUCGAAUAUUGAUCCAUGGUCAAUUAUUGGAAAUGAAUCAUUUAUUAAUGUUGAAACGGAUCGUACCUCCUGCUUUGAUCGUAACAAGAUUGCACUUAGAUUGGAGGUGUUAUGUGACAGUAAGGGUGACAACAUUUGCCCAGCUGAUGGUGUUGGUGUCUUUAACCCUGGUUUCUGGGGCAUGAAUAUAGAGCAAGGGAAGAAAUACAAAGUGGUCUUCUACGUUCGUUCAACAGGAUCACUUGAUCUAACAGUUUCAUUGACUGGAUCAAAUGGUGUCCUGGCUUCAAAUGUGAUAACGGGUUCUGCGUCUGAUUUUUCGAACUGGAAGAAGGUGGAGACUUUAUUGGAGGCUAAGGCAACAAAUCAUAACUCAAGACUUCAAUUAACAACUACUGCAAAGGGUGUGAUAUGGCUGGACCAAGUGUCUGCCAUGCCACUAGACACAUAUAAGGGACGUGGUUUCCGAAGUGAACUCGUCGGAAUGCUGGCAGAUCUGAAACCAAGAUUCAUCAGAUUUCCGGGUGGUUGUUUUGUUGAAGGAGAAUGGUUAAGAAAUGCUUUUCGAUGGAAAGAAAGCAUUGGACCUUGGGAAGAGAGACCGGGGCACUUUGGUGAUGUUUGGAAGUACUGGACUGAUGAUGGCCUUGGCUAUUUUGAGUUUCUCCAACUAGCAGAGGACUUGGGUGCUUUACCAAUUUGGGUAUUUAAUAAUGGUGUCAGCCAUAAUGACGAAGUUGAUACUUCCGCUGUCUUACCUUUUGUCCAAGAAGCCCUCGACGGAAUUGAGUUUGCGAGAGGUGAUCCCACUUCAAAGUGGGGUUCCAUUAGAGCUUCUAUGGGACACCCGGAGCCAUUUAACCUCAAAUAUGUUGCUGUCGGAAAUGAGGAUUGUGGGAAAAAGAACUAUCGAGGAAACUACCUGAAAUUCUAUAGUGCAAUAAGAAGUGCUUAUCCGGAUAUCCAAAUCAUCUCAAAUUGUGAUGGUUCUUCUCGACCUUUAGAUCACCCAGCUGACAUUUAUGAUUAUCAUAUUUAUACCAACGCGAACGACAUGUUUUCAAGGUCUAGCACAUUUAACACCGCAUUGAGAAGUGGUCCAAAGGCUUUUGUAAGUGAGUACGCUGUGACCGGAAACGAUGCUGGGACAGGAAGCCUUUUGGCAGCCAUAGCUGAGGCCGGUUUCCUUCUUGGACUGGAAAAGAACAGCGAUAUCGUCAAAAUGGUUAGCUAUGCUCCACUUUUUGUAAAUGCCAAUGAUAGGAGGUGGAACCCAGAUGCAAUUGUGUUCAACUCCUUUCAGUCCUACGGAACUCCUAGCUACUGGGUGCAGCUUUUUUUCUCGGAGUCAAGUGGAGCAACACUUCUGAACUCGUCACUUCAAACAUCUUCCUCAAGCUCACUUAUUGCAUCAGCAAUUAAUUGGCAAAGUUCUGCAGAUAAGAAAAAUUACAUUAGAAUAAAGGUUGUGAACUUUGGGGCCAACACUGUGAACCUCAAGAUUUCUUUAAAUGGGUUGGACCCUAAUUCAUUGCAGCCAUCAGGAUCAACAAGGACUGUGCUUACAUCUGCGAAUGUAAUGGAUGAGAAUUCCUUCUCACAGCCAAAAAAGGUGGUGCCAAUUCAGAGUCUACUUCAAAAUGUUGGGAAGGAGAUGAAUGUUGUAGUGCCACCACAUUCAUUCUCAUCGUUUGAUUUGUUGAAAGAAUCCAGUAAUCUGAAGAUGGUAGGAGGCGGUUCUUCCACAAGAUCUUCUAUUUAAAGAAAUAAUAAGAAAUUAGACCAAAAAAUAAAGAAAGCAUAAAGGGAAGGGAUGGGAUAUUUUCCAUUAUUGCAAUUAACUUUACUACAAGGUUGGCAUCUCUGCUAAUCUACUUUGUCAUGUAAUUUAACAGUGAUGCUCUGUAAAUAAUAUGUAUCUGGUUUCAUCUUA